ACCACUUGAGUGUCUUACCUCUUCAUUCAUUCUCUCUUAGCUUUUAUUCCAAGUUUAUGAUGGGACGCCAUUCUUCGGGUAUGGUGAAGCAGAAGCUAAGGAAAGGUUUGUGGUCGCCGGAGGAAGAUGAGAAGCUGUACAAUUACGUCAGGAAAUUCGGCGUCGGAUGUUGGAGCUCUGUUGCUAAACAUGCUGGUUUGCAAAGAUGUGGGAAGAGUUGCAGAUUAAGAUGGAUAAAUUACCUAAGACCGGAUCUCAAAAGAGGACUGUUCUCACCAGAAGAGGAGGAUAUCAUACUAGGUCUUCAUGAAGUCUUGGGAAACAAGUGGGCACAAAUUGCAGCAAGACUACCAGGGAGAACAGAUAACGAGAUAAAGAAUUUCUGGAAUUCAUGUCUGAAGAAGAAGCUGAUAAAGCGAGGGAUUGAUCCAAACACCCACAAGCCGAUCAUAACACAAACAAUCAACACUUCAUCAUCAUCAUCAAAGAGUUGCGCAGAAGAUCACAAUAAUAAUUCUUCAACCAUUAUCCCCAAACCCACACUCCCAUUAAACUUCUCCGAAUUCGAGCAAGCCCUUCGCCCAGAACCUCAAGCCUUCGAUCCUCUCUUCCUCUACAAUUCAGAGCAGUAUUGUCAUGGGUUCAGUACAUUACUGCCAAGUUUAGAGAAUUUUGAGAAUAUGAGCAGCAGCAGCAACAUCAUGGUUAAUAAUAAUAAUGGAGCAACGUUUCCAAAUUGGGAAACUUGCGAGAACAACAACAACACGGCGGAUUAUUCUGUGUCGGCGGCUCAUCAUCAGUUCCCAUUCAGUGCCAAAAGUGAGGGGUGUUCAUGGCUGCAAGAAGGUCUUCAUCAUCGUCACAGCCCAGAUCAUGAUUUCUCUGAAUAUUCAUUGCCUGCUUUGCCUCAAGAUUUGAGUGGGGAGGAAAAUAAUCUUGAAUUCUUCAUGUCUUGCACCAAAUUUAAUCUGUAAACUAUCUGUAUUUUUUGGAGUUUCUUUUUUUUUUUUUUUUUUUUCAUUUUCAUGGGAUCUUCGCACGAGCUUAGUUCACUGUUUCAGGAGACAGUGGAAGAAGAAGCUUGUAUGCAGACAAACAUAUAGAGGUGCAGUGUUUAAGAUCAUGGAUGGGAACUUUGAGGGAGUUGAUGAGGUAGCA